GUUUAUUUAUUGUACUUGAAAAGAUUUUAAAGUCAACUCUGUAGUAAUGAAUCAAAUUUUCUCACUAGGGGGCCCGGAUGGUUCGUGAGCUUUUUGAAAUGGCCAGAACGAAAAAAGCCUGCCUUAUUUUCUUUGAUGAAAUUGAUGCCAUUGGAGGGGCUCGGUUUGAUGAUGGCGCUGGGGGAGACAAUGAGGUGCAGAGAACAAUGUUGGAGCUGAUCAACCAGCUGGAUGGUUUUGAUCCUCGAGGCAACAUCAAAGUCCUGAUGGCUACCAACCGGCCUGACACUUUGGAUCCAGCGCUGAUGAGGCCGGGGAGAUUGGACAGAAAAAUUGAGUUUAGCUUACCUGAUUUAGAGGGUCGGACUCACAUCUUUAAGAUUCACGCCCGCUCCAUGAGUGUUGAACGAGACAUUAGGUUUGAGCUGCUAGCCCGACUGUGUCCGAACAGCACUGGAGCAGAGAUUAGGAGCGUGUGUACAGAAGCUGGUAUGUUUGCCAUCCGAGCACGGCGGAAGAUUGCUACCGAGAAGGACUUCCUGGAAGCUGUGAACAAGGUCAUCAAGUCCUAUGCCAAGUUCAGUGCCACCCCCCGCUACAUGACGUACAACUGAGCCUCACAGGCUCCAGGGCUUCCUGUGAUUGGGUAACGUGUUGCCGCCUCACAAAAAUAAAAAAUUUCAAAAUUCCUAA